AGGCUGCAGGAAAACCACCCAGCCAAGGGACAUCGCUGUGCAGGGCUCGUGGAAACUCACUUCCUCCCAUAAAACAACUAAGUUCAUCUCUGCUACUCCAUUCCAGAGCCAUGCAGCAAGAGACCCUGGCCCUUGGCUGGGCCAUUGCCACCAUCCUGGCGCUGCAGACAGUGGCCGCAACCAAGUGCACCCCACGGACCCUGCACCACAAGGCCAGGGUGUUCGAGGACCUGAGUGCCCAAGAGCUGAAGGCCGUGCACAACUUCCUCUGGUCCCAUAAGGAGCUGAGGCUGGAGCCUUCCCGAACACCGACCAUGGCCAAGAAUUCCGUGUUCCUCAUUGAGAUGCUGCUGCCCAAGAAGCAACACGUACUGAAAUUUCUGGAUAAAGGUGGAAGGCCUCCCGCGCGGGAGGCACGUGCCAUCAUCUUCUUCGGAGCCCAGGAGCACCCCAACAUCACCGAGUUCGCUGUGGGGCCCCUGCCAUGGCCCUACUACAUGAGAGAGCUGCCCCCCAAGCCUGGGCACCAGGCCACCUGGGCCUCCAGGCCCAUCUCCUCGGCGGAGUAUGCCCUCCUGGGCCACGCCCUGAAAGAGGCCACGAAGCCCCUGCACCAGUUUUUCCUCGAUACCACAGGCUUCUCCUACCAAGAUUGUCACUCCCGAUGCCUGACUUUCACAGACGUGGCGCCUCGGGGCUUGGCCUCCGGCGAGCGCCGCUCUUGGUUUAUCUUACAGCUCUUUGUAGAAGGCUACUUCUUGCACCCUACUGGGCUGGAGCUCCUCCUGGAUCACAGAAGCACCAACGCCCAAAACUGGACGGUGGAGCGGGUCUGGUACAAUGGGAAGUUCUACCGGAGCCCGGAAGAGCUGGCGCGGAAGUACGAGGACGGAGAGGUAGACGUGGUGGUUCUGGAGGACCCAUCGCCCAAGGGCAAGAGUGAAAAGAGCACAGAGGAACCACCCCUCUUCUCCUCCUACAAGCCACGUGGGGACUUCCCCACCCCCAUCAAUGUGACUGGCCCCCGCCUGGUCCAGCCCCAAGGUCCCCGCUACCGGCUGGAGGGCAACACCGUGCUCUACGGCGGCUGGAGCUUCUCCUUCAGGCUGCGUUCCUCCUCGGGGCUACAGGUCCUGAACGUGCACUUCGGGUGCGAGCGUGUAGCCUACGAGGUGAGCGUGCAGGAGGCGGUGGCGCUGUAUGGAGGACAGACGCCUGCGGGCAUGCAGACCAAGUACAUCGACGUGGGCUGGGGCCUGGGCAGCGUCACUCAUGAGUUAGCCCCUGGCAUCGACUGCCCGGACACAGCCACCUUCCUAGAUGCCCUCCACUACUACGAUGCCGAUGACCCCGUGCGCUACCCCCGAGCCCUCUGUGUCUUUGAGAUGCCCACGGGAGUGCCCCUCAGGCGACACUUUAAUUCCAACUUCAGCGGCGGCUUCAACUUCUAUGCAGGCCUGCAGGGCCAGGUGCUGGUGCUACGAACAACGUCAACAGUCUACAACUAUGACUACAUCUGGGACUUCAUCUUCUACCCCAACGGGGUGAUGGAGGCCAAGAUGCAUGCCACCGGCUACGUCCACGCCACUUUCUAUACCCCGGAGGGGCUGCGCCAUGGGACCCGUUUGCACACACACCUGCUUGGCAACAUGCACACUCACUUAGUGCAUUACCGCGUCGACCUGGAUGUGGCAGGCACCAAAAAUAGCUUCCAGACCCUGCAGAUGAAGCUAGAAAAUAUCACCAAUCCCUGGAGCCCCAGACACCAGCUGGUGCAGCCGACCCUGGAGCAGACAAGUUACCACCGGGAGCGCCAGGCGGCCUUUCGCUUCAGACAGCCUCUGCCCAAGUACCUGCUCUUUGCCAGUCCCAGGGAGAACCGCUGGGGCCAUAAGCGCAGCUACCGACUUCAGAUCCACUCCAUGGCCGACCAGGUGCUGCCCCUAGGUUGGCAGGAGGAGCAGGCUAUCACCUGGGCCAGGGGGGAGGGUAACUUUCCGCCAUCGUUCGGAAGGGCUGGGAGUUUCCCUGGCCCCCAAAGCCACCUGGUGUCUCUUCUGGGCAGGUACCCCCUGGCUGUGACCAAGUACCGGGAAUCAGAAGUGUGCAGCAGCAGCAUCUAUAACCAGAAUGACCCCUGGGACCCACCUGUGGUCUUUGAGGAGUUUCUUAAAAACAAUGAGAACAUCGAAAAUGAGGACUUGGUGGCCUGGGUCACAGUGGGCUUCCUGCACAUCCCCCACUCAGAGGACAUCCCUAACACUGCCACACCGGGGAACUCCGUGGGCUUCCUGCUCCGGCCUUUCAACUUCUUCGAUGAGGACCCAUCCCUGGCGUCCAGAGACCCUGUGAUCGUGUGGCCUCGGGACGGUGGCCCCAACUACGUCCAGCGCUGGAUCCCUGAGGAGGAGGGGGACUGCUUAAUGCCUGACCCUUUUAGUUAUAAUGGGACUUACAGACCUGUGUGAAGGACCCCCAGCUAA